AUGUCUGCAGAAUAUGUUGAACAUCGUUCUGACGCUUUCGACUCCGGGAAGACAUGGAAGAACGACUUCCGCGAAUAUAUACCACCUGCCGGUUCGAAUCCUUACAUGCGUCAUAAAAGACACCCUCGUAUACAUAGAUUGGACAAAGUCACCGUGCACUCCUACUCAAGAGAUGUCUUGAGUAGGCCUCGACCCCAAAGUCUGUUUGCACCGUGGUAUCAGAACUGGGAGAAGCCUUUCAUUGGGAUCACAUGUGAUAACACCAAGAUCCGAGAUUUGUACUCGGUAAAGGAGGAGGGAGCUCCAACUUCUGAGAUGGUCGCUGCUGCGGAAACCCUACUUUCCAGCUUCUCGCCAGACGAGUUAUUCAAGUGUUGCUUCGACAUUGACAGUGUUGAAUGGCGAAAGUGGGCCAAUCCCGAGAUCAUGUUUAAUGACAUUGGCAUCCGCCUGGAAGCCAUGGAUCCAAGGAAGAGGGAUCUUGUGUUAGAUCUAUUGCGUUCAAGUCUCAGUCCCAACGGAUUCGAAAAGGCACUGGGUGUUAUGAGGACGAAUCAGUUUUUGGGAGAAUUAGUAAAUGCGAAACCGAUUUUGAAUGAGUAUAGUUAUCACUUUCUCCUCUUUGGCCAGCCAUCGGUGGCAACGCCUUGGGGCUUCUUACUCUUUGGUCAUCAUCUCUGUUUGAGUGUCUUCGUUCUUGGGAAGCAGAUGGUGAUAAGUCCAAUGUUUGUCGGUGCAGAGCCUAAUGUCAUCGACAGCGGGCCGUACAAAGGCACAGCGCUCUUCCUCCCCGAAUCCGAGUUGGCCCUCAAGCUCAUGCAAUCGCUGCCACCAGACCUUCAAGCGGUAGCCCAGAUAUACAAGAAAAUGCACGACCCAGCCAUGCCGGAAGGGCGAUGGCAUCCCGCAGAUCAGCGUCAACUGUCGGGGGCUGCUCAAGACAAUCGAGUGAUUCCCUACGAGGGUGUACUUGCCAUCUCAAUGCCCUCAGCACAACAGGACUAUCUCCGUUCUAUUAUCGCCACCUAUAUGGGCAUUCUACCCAGUGGGCCUUUCAACGCACGCAUGGCGCAGAUUCAAUCACACUGGCCCGAAACCUAUUUCUCCUGGAUCGGCGCCUUCGGCGAAGAGGACCCCUUUUACUACCGUAUUCAGAGUCCUGUCGUACUCAUCGAAUUCGAUCACCAUGCAGGUGUGUUCCUGCUGAACGCGGAACCGUCCAAAUGUCAUGUUCACACGAUAAUACGGAUGCCUAAUGGGGGUGAUUAUGGAAGAGAGUUACUAGGGGCCUGGCGAAGCCAAAAGUACUACUAG